AUGAGACCAAAGGUCCUCGAGAUCUCAUGGCACGAGACACAAGCUGUCUACUCUUGCGACUUUCAGCCUCUCCCUCACAACCAAUUGAAACGACUGCUGCCUCUAUCUGGCGAUGAAGAAGAGGGCAAACCAGCAGAUAAGACACCACUCAUUGCGGGUGGAAGACAAUACCGUUUAGCGACUUCCGGAGGGGACUCCAAAGUCAGACUAUGGAUGGUUCAUCCGAAUGUUCCUCCUGCGAAUGCCUCGACACAUGCGGCCGCGACGGGCCAAGAAGCAAUUCCUCAUCCGCCUCGAGCGGAAUACCUCACCACUCUAUCAAAGCACACCGCCGCCGUCAACGUUGUCAGAUUCAGUCCGAAUGGACAGACACUGGCCUCAGCUGGGGAUGAUGGCAAUGUAAUCCUCUGGGUACCAUCUGAUCGACCAGUUGUUGCGUUCGGCGAGAGUUCUGAAGAUCAACCCGACAAAGAGCAUUGGAGGUUGCAAAAAAUGCUACAAGUGACCACGAAGCAUGUCUAUGAUCUCGCUUGGAGUCCAGAUGGAGAGUUUUUCAUCGCUGGGUCCACUGACAACACGGCGACUAUCUGGAAAGCUUCCACUGGUGAAUGCGUUUUUGCUCUCAGAGAACACUCGCACAAUGUACAAGGAGUCUCGUGGGAUCCGUUGAACGAGUACAUUGCGACGCAGUCCUCUGAUCGAUCUGUUCACGUCAACACUUUUGCUUUCCGGAAUGGGGUCCCUGAUGUUCACCCUGUUUCUCGUGCCACUCGUAUGGAAGUUCGUCAUUCAAGAACACCAUCUAUACCCUCUUCAUCACGACCAAAUAUGGUGCGACGAGCCUCCACCACAUCUGAGACAGGUUCCGUCAUGACUUCUGCGUCUGAGCAUACCGAGGUCCCCGGUCCCAGCAUGUCGAAUCCUAUCGGAGGAGCGCCCAUGACACCAAGCGCAUCUGUGCCGUCUACGCCAGGGCCUGCCUCGUCAAGUAUGAAUCCACCUCCGCCAUCUGCUCGACCGGGAUCACGUCGGUCUUCCUUCUCUGGCUCUCAAGCAGCCGGAUCACCAGCUCUCUCGGCAGUCGCUUUCCCUGCUCGGGGACGUUCACCAUCCCCUAUUCCGCCUCUCCCUGCUAUCCGUGCUCCGCCCACAUCUAGUCAGGCCAUCAUGCAGCGUCUGUAUGGCGAGGAAGGCGUCACGAGAUUCUUCAGGCGACUCAGCUUUUCACCGGAUGGCUCUUUGCUGCUCACGCCGGCGGGGCAAAUCGAAGAUCAGAUCUACAAAGGCUCUCCGAUGAUGACGGCCAGAUCCUUGUCUCAGGAUGGAUCCGAGGCGGCCGGACCUAUGUCCAUCCCAAAACUUCGGAAUGUCGACAGCGGCAAGCCGACUGUUUACAUCUAUACCCGAGCGAAUUUGGCCAAAGCGCCGAUCGCUCACUUGCCAGGUCACAAAACCGCAUGUGUGGCUAUCCGAUUCUCGCCCAUAUUUUACGACCUCCGAACGGACUCUCAAUCUGUCCAAGAACCAAAGCAGAUCACCUUGGACCGAUCAGAUCCGACACCUCAGCAUGUCAGCUUAUCUAUGCCACCACCGCCCAUUCCGUCCAAGGAAACCGAAGACAAGUCGGCGUUGGGCAGCAUCUUUGCCUUACCGUAUAGAUUGCUGUAUGCCGUCGCAUGUCAGGAUUCGGUAUUACUUUAUGACACUCAACAAGCGGGUCCGAUCGCCAUCUUCAAAGGCUUACAUUACGCGGGCUUUACGGACAUUGCUUGGUCACCUGAUGGCCAAUCACUCAUGCUGGCUAGUUCCGAUGGCUACUGUUCGAUUGUGGUGUUUGAUCUAGCAGAGCUUGGAACCGUACAUGCGACCCAACAGCACCAUCGCCAACUUGCUGCCAUCGCUCAAUCUCACUCUCAUGGUGGGGUCUCGACGCCUCACGUCCAUCCCGCAAAUUCCGUUCCUCACUCUCCGGCCGUAUCGACUAUGCGUCAAUCUCCUGCUCCUGCCAGAUCAGAACGAGAAGGCUCGACGGCUUCUUCCAUUGCACCUCUUCCUCCAGCCCACCAUAGCGCUUCCGUGCCCCCCUUCUCAGGAACCGCGCCAACGGUACCCUCCAGCACAAGCAGCAGUACGGAGGUGCCACCAACACCAGAGCAGAGUGAGAAAGGAGACGCCGCACCUACCAUUCUCAAGGGUCAAGGAGGCCCAGGGUCUGAGUCUGGAAUGUCAAUGGCAUCCGCGCAGAACGAGCAAACCAAAAGAUCCAAUCGAGAUGAGGAUCAAUCCCAGGGUCCAAAGAAGAAGAGGCGAAUUGCUCUAACACAUUUGGGA